GUUUGUGUUCUGGUAAUGUAUUCAUUUUUUUUCUAUCAUAAGGUACUUGCCCUCAUUGCCUGCUUGGCCGUGGUCGCCUCAGCCCAAUACUACGGAUCCGCAUACGAGCACAAGGAACAUCACGAUCACCCGAAGUACAAGUUCGAGUAUGGCGUGAAGGAUCCCCACACCGGUGACCACAAGACCCAGUGGGAAGUGCGCGAUGGCGAUGUCGUCAAGGGACAGUACACGCUGCAUGAGGCCGACGGAACCGAGCGCGUGGUUGACUACAAGUCGGACGGUCACAAUGGUUUCGAAGCCAACGUGAAGAACGUUGGUCAUGCUCAUCACCCGCAGGUGUACGGAGGACAUUCUUCCCACGGACAUCACGACUACGGCCAUGGAUCGGGAUCCAGCUACACGAAUCUGGACAAACAUUACUAAAUCCUGGAAAUUCGAAAUGCAAUUGUUGGAAAUUGUUACAAAAAUAUAAAGCACUUUGAA